ACUACCAAGCAUUCAACUUAAAGAUCAAUACAUACAGCUCACAAAAGAAAAAAGAAAGAAAACAAUGGCAGACGACAGAGCUGGGGCCGAGAUCGUGUACGGUGCUGAAGAAUGUCAUCGCCAUUCCAUUGAUCUCCUUGAAGAACUCGGUUUCCCAAAAGGCGUUCUCCCACUCAAAGAUCUUGUGGAGUGUGGGAGAGUUCGUAAAACCGGUUUUGUUUGGAUGAAGCAGAAGGGUCCAUAUGAACACUUUUUUGAGGAGACUAAUACACGUGUUAGCUAUGCAACUGAAGUGACGGCCUAUAUUGAAAAAUAUAAGAUGAAGAAAAUGACCGGAGUUAAAAGCAAACAAUUGUUGAUGUGGGUGCCUAUUGUUGAGAUGAGUAUGGAAGAUGAAAAAAGUUCCAAGAUUUACUUCAAGAUACCGGUUGGAGUUGGUAAGUCCUUUGCGGUGACUGCAUUUAUGACCGACGAAGAAAAAAAGAAAUAUCUUCUUGAGCAUUCAAAGUAAACGAGGUUUAAGUUAUAUUAUCAUCAGUGUCUUCUUAUAUUAUAAUUUUAUGUAAGCUGACAUCUUUAUUAUAUUUGAGAAUCAUACAUAUAUACGAAACUUUAUAUUAUGCAAUUCAAUAAAAAGUACACAGUUAGCUGGUUCGGUGAAUCAAUA